AGGUCACCUCAAAAUUCUACUCACUAAGUGGGAUUCGAGAGCUCUCACGGCUCAGUCAGAUUGUUUAAGUGUGGAAAAACACUUGGCAGGAAGAGCCAGCCACCCCUCCUCAUGAGUGGUCACAGGACCGUGACCUUCUAAACACCACUUACACUGUCAGGUCUGGCUUCUGUCCCUGCUGACUGCUACCGGCUCCUAACCACUCCUUGUUGUUUACAAGCAAUACCUGAUACAGGGUUGCCUUCCCCAGCAAGUGUGGGUAGAGCCUAGGGUUUCAUUACCUUGAGGUCCUAAGAUCCAACAGGGACCUAGACACAGAACUGAGGCCCGGAGACAUGUUUUAUGAGAAACGAGAGAGCGUCAACUAUUCCUUCCCCAGGACGCAGAGCCCCUGGGCCACCACCUGGGUGGGCUGCCCCUAGGAUUUCAGCUAUCUCGGUCCCCCUAAUCCCGGCUCUCUAAUAUUGCCAAACCCCUCAGGGCAAGUAGGCCCUCAUCUGGAAGGAAGGAGAACAGCAAGCCAGAGAGAGGUCUUGUCCUCUGCUGGCUGGGGAGCAAAGUGGGCAGCGGCCUCUGUGGGCCCAGUCUCUGGAGCUGCCUGAGCCAACCAUGCAGCCCUUGCCCACUGGGGCACUCCCAGAGGAGGUGGCAGAGGAGACCCCUGUCCAGUCAGAGAGCGAACCAAAGGUGCUGGACCCUGAGGAGGACCUGCUGUGCAUAGCCAAGACUUUCUCCUACCUUCGGGAAUCUGGAUGGUAUUGGGGUUCCAUUACAGCCAGCGAGGCCCGGCAACACCUACAGAAGAUGCCAGAGGGCACGUUCCUAGUACGAGAUAGCACCCACCCCAGCUACCUGUUCACGCUGUCCGUCAAAACCACCCGUGGCCCCACCAAUGUACGCAUCGAGUAUGCCGAUUCCAGCUUCCGACUGGACUCCAACUGCUUGUCCAGACCUCGAAUCCUGGCCUUCCCAGAUGUGGUCAGCCUUGUGCAGCACUAUGUGGCCUCCUGUGCCGCUGACACCCGGAGUGACAGCCCAGAUCCUGUUCCCACCCCAGCCCUGCCUGUGCCUAAGCAAGAGGCACCAGGUGACGCAGCCCUGCCUCUCCCCAUGGCGACUGCCGUGCAUCUGAAACUGGUGCAGCCCUUUGUGCGCAGGAGCAGCGCCCGAAGCUUACAACAUCUGUGUCGCCUUGUCAUCAACCGUCUGGUGGCCGACGUGGACUGCCUGCCGCUGCCCCGGCGCAUGGCCGACUACCUCCGACAGUACCCCUUCCAGCUGUGACUGGGGCCAGACACCCUGCCCUGCCUCACGUAAUUAUAUCCUGGAGCGGACCCAGGCCCCAGCUGGACCUGGCUUCCUAUGUCCCUCUUCAGUCAUCCUGGUGCCUGUAUACAUACAGAAGGUGCCAGCAAGAACAAGGCAGGUGGAAGAGGGAGCGUCACACAGCUCCGAGGUCAAUGCCUCCAGGUCCCAUAUGGCUCUCUGUGGUGAAGCCACGUGUCAGAGCAGAGACAGACAGGCAGGACCUUGUCUCACCCUGGAGGCUGGACCCAGGCCUCCAUUCGCUGGUGUGCCCUAGCCACCCGAACUCUGUAUUUCCUCCCAGGCCUGGUUUCUCAAUCUCUGGGUAGGGCAGGCCCCCUGCCCAUCUGUAGAGCAGCCAGCCUGUUUCUGGGAGAGUAUCAGCCAGAGGCACUGAGGUUGAUAGUGCCAUCCCCUUGGGAGGAAGCAGGCCAGCCUGGGGGCUACACAGUUAUACAGUAUUUAUUUAUUUAUUCUCCUUGUGGGGGUUGGGGUGGGUUAAUGGCAUGAGCCACCCCAUUUCUCUGCCCUAAGGCCUGGGUGGUCCAAAGAUCCCCAGCUCUGGUUCUUCCCUGUGGAGACCCCCCCAUCCCCAGAUGUAUUGUUGGGCCCAAAGUCGUCCUGAAUGUCCUGGCCCUGACCACCUGCAUAUGGAUGUGCCCACUCUCUUUUCUCCCUAGCCUCUUUUGGGAGGCUGGGUAACCAGACAGACGGGAGCCAGAAACACAGAGCUCACACUCAUCUCCUCACGUGGCUUCCUUCACAGAGCUGGCUUCUCUGUGGUGCAGGCCCUGCAGAAGGGCAUGUGCUGGGUCAGGAAGGGGAUGCUGGCUCAAGGACUGCUCUUGCAGCUCUUUUGUGUCUGCUUCCUGCCCAGGAAGUUGCCUGCAUGUGAGAGAGCGAGAAAUACAUACCUAACGCGACUUUAUAAAACCAUUAUUAUAACACAAAAACCAGCUUGGUAGUUUUUCUUCCACUGAUUUUUCUGUAAUGAUAAUAAAAUUAUGCCUUCCAUUUA